UAAAAAUAUUAGAGCCCGAGCCUUGGAAAAUCCCACCAUUAACCUGAGACGCAAGCUGCCGGCGACCACACGCCUUCGUAUCUUCCCAAAUUCAAAACCCUAAAACCAUCACUCAGGUGAUUUCAUGCAUACUUAGAAAUCAAUUUUUCUCGACCGGAUCUCAUGGAGGAAAAAAGCUUUUCCAAAAUACAAGAACGAAGGUACGACGAAUAUCGGGCACGCUACUUAAGAGCUAGAGAGGAUAUGAUAAGCAAACUGCCCGAUUCUUUGUUAUCUCAGAUACUGUCCAACCUUCCGACAAAGGAUACCGUCAGGACAAGUGUUCUGUCCCAUAGGUGGAAAAACGUUUGUCUUUUGGUCCCUAGUUUGGAUCUGUCCUCUUCUGAGUUCCCAGACUACGAUACCUUUGUUAGUUUUAUAGACAAGCUUCUAGCUUUCUAUAGAGAAGAGAACUCAGUCUUGUACAACCUCAAGCUCAGCCUUCAGAAAGAUGAGAACGACGACUACGAGUAUUGCGUCACACGGUGGAUAGACUUUGUAGCUAACCCUAAACUCAAGCAUCUUGAUGUUGAGUGUGUUCUUGUGAACCGUAAGUUUCUAGAGGUGAUCCCACAAAGCCUUUAUAUAGAAUGUGACACGCUGGUUUACCUAAGACUCCAUCGUGUCUCCUUGGGUGAGUUAAAGUCUGUAUCUUUGCCUUGUCUCAAAACCAUGCGGUUAGAACACAACGCCUACGCCAGCGAUGCGAGUCUGGAGUUGCUUAUCUCGUCUUGCCAUGCUCUUGAAGAUUUGAGCAUUGUUAGAAUGGUACCAGAUAACGUGAAGGUUCUGCGUGUGAGAUCUCAGACGUCACUACAAGAAAACAUGCAUAUACCGAGGAAAAAAAUCGUCGGUAUGUCGUCGGAAUAA